CAAAGACUGAUAGUUAGAUCAAGAUGUAGAUGCUGGCAUCUACAUCUUGAACUACACAAAGUGACAGUUUCUCGUCGCAGCAGUGUGACAGUGUCUUCUGUACUAGAGCCUGUCCGAAUAACAUACGCAACAAGUGAAUCAGAACCAGAAGUCAAUUAUCGCAGCAAGAGCAGAUGCAUUUCAAGAGGCUGGAAAAGGAUUCCAAGAAUCCAGGUUUGCCCUCACAACAUAACACAGAUUUGCAGCUGCGGUCAACAAUGUUCAUUCCCAUCCACCGUACCUGUCGCGUCCGCGUGGACGUUGAAGCGCGAAUCAAGAUUUUGGAAGCCCGGUUCCGGUAGCGCGCAUACCGCUAGAGAGAGCUUUCGAGAAUUGCAGCACUGCCUUUCGGAGAUGGCAAGGCGGCGGCUUCUGACACGGGCCGUGGCUUCUGGGCUCUGCGCCACUACUGCGGUCCUGGUCCGUGGCUUUGCGAUGGUGUACAACAGGAAAGGAGGAGCGACCAGUACACAAGCCGCUGGGGCAGCACGAGCUGCUAAAAGUGCAAGAGAGCGCGUUCUUCUUCGGGGAGGGGAAACUGGUGAAGCUGUCAAGGGCACCGCCAGCAAAAGCAAACGAACGGCCAGCACGGCGACGAAGGUGGCCAAGGCGAGCAUAACGCGUAGAGAAGGAACUCGCCAGCAGAGCUUUGCGCAGAAAAAAUCCGAGGCUUUGGUUUCUGUGAAAACACUAGCAGAGAGGACAAGCGCGGCAGCUUCCGCAGGUAGUACAACAUCUUCGCGGAAUUUUGGACAACGAAAAACUACCGCUAGUACAUCCCAAGAACUUGCGGCUGCUUCCGCGGAGGCGGCGGCAGCGCGUGCUGUGUCGGACUCGUACAUAGAGGAGUAUCUCUACAAUCCGACGACGGGCGUCCGUGAAGGAGCCACCUGCAAAUUUGCGUACAACACCAGUUCGCAACAGUAUGUAGAGGGCGCGUAUCAAAUGUAAAAAUGUCUGGGUCUGGAAGGGUUGGAACUUGUGAUGCAAACUCUGGAACACACAAAAAUUUGUGUUGCAUGAGCGCCAAAAGCUGUCCACUUCUUGGCACGCAAGUAGGAAGUUUCUCAUGCGGGACAGGCAUCAGGAGGCGUGCUCAAAACCUGUGAUGCUUUUGCCUGCAUCAGACGCCACUUGCGUGAUCCGAAAUAUGCAUGACAAAUCUCAGAAUCUUCCAGACCCAGACAUUUUUACAGUUGAUAGCGCGGUGAAUACCGCGAUUUUCGGCGAUGGGACCAGUUCGGUCAGUGCGGACGAUCUGCAAAAUCUGUGGAAUAAUCAAACACAAACAGUGGUCGACCCCGUCGUUAUUAUGGAACGAAUCAACGUUUGCGGUGAGCGAUGCAGCGAAUACGCUUCGAAUUUCUGUGGCGGGUUUUUGCUGCAGAAAAACGGCACCUGCAAAUUUUACGGCCCGUACAAGACGUUGGCAUCGGGGGAUGCGCAGAUCCAGUGCGCUGCCGCCCCUGCAGACGAUCAGGGGGCUCGGACGUUUCGCCGCGUGAGCCAGCAUAUUCAAGCGGUCGUAUACAGGGGAAGCGACUUCUGAUCUUUCAGCCAGAAUGCUGCUCCCUCCGAGGAGAGACUCCAACUUUCCAUGUUUUUUUUGCCUACGAGACACGCCGUUUUAUGAUGAAAAUUAUGAUAAAUCGCACACCAGAGCCAAGCAAGGAAAUAGAAAUUAUAGUUUUCUGUUGCUGUGGUGCCGCUCUGGAGCUGGACGAGUGAUAUCAUUUAAUGAAAUCUAUCACUCUAGAGCGCAGGACGAAACUCAUGCUAAUGGCUUCUUGCCGUCUUUCUCUUUUACUUUGCAUGGCACGAACAAGCACGACAACCAGGAGGGAAGGAGACGCUUCGCUUUGUGUUUGUGCUAAUGGCUAGCAGCAGUCUUAGAAAAAAACAGGCACGUCGCUUCUAUAGCCCGGGGGACAUGAUUUCGAGCUACAGCAAGCCACGAUUGCGGGAAAAAUCAAGAAUCGCCACACGGUGAAUACCACGCUAAGUUUCGCGGAGUGGUUGCGGAGACGUCCAAAGUGGUCGCCUGGGUACAUGCGCUUACAAUUCGACGCCGAAAAUGCCACCGGAAAAAUUGGCUGCGACAUAGAUGGCACCAUGUAUCCCAACCGAGCAGGAACGGACGCCGCCAUCAAAACUACCCAACACGCACCCCAGUACGCUUUUGACCAGUACGUGGACGUGACACCAUAUUCCAGCAAAGAAAUUCGUCUUUUUGGAAAUUCUCGAUGCAUGAUCAUGCCGGCCGCGGUUGCAAGAACUGCAAGAAUUAUGGCAACAAGUAACUCGUGAUAGGAUACAAGAAGAUCAGUAUGUUCCAGACUUGCACAACAUCAUCGGCAACGACUCUACAAAGAUUCCAUCGGGAUUGCUCGUCCCCGAUAAGUUUCACUCGUCUGGUCCUGUAUGCAUGGCUAUGAUAUUUUUCAUUUUUGGGAUGAAAAUACUCACCUGAUGCCAAGAGUUAUGGUAGAUAAUCUGUGUAUGGGGGUAGUUCGAGUAUGUAUCUACAAGAUUUUUUUCUUUUGUUGGAUACCGGAGGCGGUAAAUACUUCUGGACUUGCGACACCAUGGUAGUUAUUCCGCAGAAAAGAAGGAUCGUAUACGUGUCAUGUUACUAGCCUUAUCCCGCUUCCCGUGUCCAGUAGCCUGCAGACUUAAUAGUAUUCCGCUAGAUGAAUAAUAGCCCUCAGCGUUUCUCUGUGGAAAACCGUCGUCGGCGCUUCAGCACGGGCAGGCCCAUCUGCCUGCUAUUUUCAAAGCGCCAGAACGGCAUGGCCACGAUCCGGCACCGGCGCGGCUGGCAGGUUGGCACUUGCCGCCAUCUUGCAUGCUGGCACUGGCGGGGCCGCGAUCUGGCGGCGGGGGGCGGGCAUGAUCGGGCACCGGCUUGGCCAGGGUCUGGCACCGGCUUGGCCAGGGCCUGAAACCGGCGUGGCCAGGGUCCGGCACCGGCUUGGGCAUGAUCGGGCACCGGCAUGGCCAUGAUCUGGCACCGCCUACCUUCGCCGUGAUUUGGCACCGGCUUGGCGAUGCUCUGACACCGGCAGGCAGGCUUGGCCAUGAUCCAUCCGGCACCGGCUUGGCCAUGAUCUGGCGCAAGGGCUUGGCCUUGCCAUGAUCUGGCAGGCACCGGCUUGGUGGCUGGCCUGGCCAUGAUUUGGCACCGGCUUCGGCUCAGCCACGACCCGGAACCAGCUUGGCUUGGCCAUGACCUGGCACCGGCUUGGGCAUGGGCGAGCACCGGCCUUGCUGUGAUCUGGCACCGGCCGGCCUGGCCAUGAUCUGGCACCGGAAGGCCGGCAGGCUUGGCCGUGUGUGAUCUGGCACCGGCUCGGCUACAACCUGGCACCGGCUUGGCCACGACCCGGGGCCGGCUUGGGCGUGAUCUGGCGCCGGCUUGGCCAUGAUCUGCCUGGCACCGCCUUGGCCGCGACCCGGCACCGGCUUGCCUGGCAACGACCUGGCACCGGCGUGGCCAUGAUUUGGCACCGGCUUGGCCAUGAUCUGGCACCGGCUCGCUUGGGCGCGACCUGUCUGGCACCGGUUCGGCGAUGAUAUGGCGCCGGCUUGGAAACGACCCACCUGGCACCGGCAUGGCCAUGAUCUGGCAACGGCCUUGCCGCUUCCUGGCACCGGCUUGGGCGUGAUCUGGCAGCGGGCUGGCCAUGUUCCGGCACCGGCGGGCCUGGCCACCAGAAUCACUCGGAACCGGCCUGGCCAUGAUCUGGCGCCGGCGGGCAGGGUGGCAGACGGUGGCAGGCGAGGGCAUGAUCUGGCACCGGUUUGGCCACGGCCUGGCGCCGGCACGCAGGCUUGUUUGGCCUGGCGGUUCGGACCGCGCGCGACCUGGCGCCAGCGACCCGGGCCAUGAUCUGGCACGCACCGGCAGGCUUGGACACGGACGACCUGGCGUCGGCUUGGCCACGCCAUGAUCUGAGUGGCUCAGGCUCGCCCAUGAUCUGGCACCGGCUUUGUCAUGAUCUGCCGGGCACCGGCCGGGGGGGGGGCUUUGCAUGCCCCGAUCUGGCACCGGCCGGCUAGGCUUGGCCGUGUAUGAUCUGGCAAGCAUCCAUCGGCAGGCUUGGUUUGGCCAUGAUCUGCCACCGACCGGCCUGGCCACGACCGGGCACCGGCAGGCUUCGCCAGGAAGGAUCUGGCACCGGCUUGGCCACGGCCUUGCAUUGGCUUGGCCAAGAUCUGGCACCGGCUCGGCAAUUAUGAAUGACGUGGCGUUGGCUGGUAGGCUUGGCUGGCAGGCCAUUGGCCCGGCACCGGCUUGGCCAUGACCUGGCACCGGCAGGCUUCGCCACGACCUGGAACCGGCCCCCCCGACCCUGAUCUGGCACCGGCGCGGCCACGACCUGGCUCCGCUGCGGCUUCGCUGCGGCGUUGUUACUUCGAGGCCGCGAUGCUUCGAGGUUUUGUUGCGGCUUCGAGCGGCCUGCGCUGCGGCUUCGAGGCUUCGCUGCGUCUUCGGGGCUUCGCUGCGGCUUCUAGGCUUCGCUGCGGCUUCGAGCCGUCGCUGAGGCUUCGGGGCUUUGCUGCGGCUUCGGGGCGUCGCUGCGGCUUCGAGGCCUCGCUACGGCUUCGAGGCUUCGCCGCGGCUUCGAGACUUCGUUCGCUGCGGCUUCGAGGCUUCUAUCUUCGCUUCUAUCCUCGCCUCGGGGCUACUUUGCUUCGGGGCGCCUCUCUUCGCUUCGGGGCAUCUCUCUUCGCUUCGCGGCUUCUUUGCUUCGGGGCUUUUAUCUUCGCUUCGGGUCUUGGCCAUGGUUCGGCUUGGCCAUGCUGAAUGGCCCGGCACCGGCUCGCCUCGGCCAUGGUCCGGCACCUUCUCGGCUUGGCCAUGCAUGCUCCGGCACCGGCUCGGCUUGGCCAUGCAUCGUCCGGCACCCACCGGCUCGGCUUGGCCAUGCAUGGUCCGGCACCGGCUCGGCUUGGCCAUGCAUAGUCCGGCUCGGCUCGGCCAUGGUCCGGCACCGGCUUGGCCUUGCCAGGGUCCGGCACGCACCGGCCCGGCCUUGCCAUCCAUGGUCCGGCAUGCACCGGCUCGGUCUGCUCAUGGCCCGGCACCGGCUCGCCUUGCUUGGCCAUGGUCCGGCAGGCACGCACCGGCUCGGCUUGGCCAUGGUCCGGCACCGGCCGGCGCGGCUUCGUCGAGGCUUUACUGCUUCGGGGCCCCGCGGCUUCGGGGCUUCGCGCGUUGUUUCGUACGUUGUUGCGCCGUGGCUUCGUGCGUUCGUUGCUGCUUCGAGGUUUCGUACGUUGCUGCCUCGGGGUUUCGUACGCUGCUGCCCCGAGGCGUCGCGCGCUGCUGCUUCGGGGCCUCGCACGCUGCUGCCUCGAGGUUUCUCACGCUGCUGCCUCGAGGUUUCGCGCGUUGCCGCCUCGAGGUUUCUCACGCUGUUGCCUCGAGGUUUCGCACGUUGCUGACCCGAGGCUUCGCACGCUGCUGCCUCGAGGCUUCAGACGCCGCUUCGAGGCUUCAGGCGCUGCUUCGAGGCCUCAGGCGCUGCUUCGAGGCCUGAGGCGGUGCUUCGGGGCUUUGCUGCUUCGACGCUUCGCUGCUUCGAGGCUUCGCUGUGUGCUUCGAGGCUUCGCCGCGUGCUUCGAGGUUUCGCCGCGUGCUUCGAGGCUUCGCCGCGUGCUUCGAGGCUUCGCCGCGUGCUUCGAGGCUUCGCUGCGUGCUUCGAGGCUUCGCCGCGUGCUUCGAGGCUUCGCUGCGUGCUUCGAGGCUUCGCUGCGUGCUUCGAGGCUUCGCUGCGCGCUUCGAGGCUUCGCGGCGCGCUUCGAGGCUUCGAUCGCUGCGCGCUUCGAGCUUCGCCGCUUCGAGGCUUCGAGGCGUCGCUGCUUCGAGGCGUCGCUGCUUCGCUGCUCCCUUCGAGGCCUCGCCGCUUCGAGGCUUCGCUGCUUCGAGGCCUCGCUGCUUCGAGGCUUCGCUGCUUCGAGGCUUCGCUGCUUCGAGGCUUUGCUGCUUCGAGGCUUCCUUCGAGGCUUCGUUGCUCCCUUCGAGGCUUCGCUGCCCCCUCCGAGGCUUCGCUGCUCCCCUCGCGGCUUCGCUGCUCCCCUCGCGGCUUCGCUGCUCCCUUCGCGGCUUCGCUGCUCCCUUCGAGGCUUCGCUGCUUCCUUCGAGGCUUCGCGGCUUCGCCGCUCUUCGAGGCUUUGCGGCUCUUCGAGGCUUCGCGGCCCUUCGAGGCUUUGCAGCUCUUCGAGGCUUCGCGGCUCUUCGAGGCUUCUUCGUUGCUUCGAGGCUUCGCUGCUUCGGCGUUUCGAGGCCCCUUCGUUUCGAGGCUUCGUCGCUUAGAAGCUUGGGCGCUUUGUCAGCAUUUCGUUGUUGUUGUUUUUCGUUUCUAUUCUUUGUUUUCGUUUUUUGUUUUCAUUCUUUGUUUUCGUUUUUCGUUUUUAUUCUUUGUUUUCGUUUUUUGUUUCCAUUGUUUGUUGUCGUUUCUCGUUUCCAUUCUUUGUUUUUGUUUUUCGUUUCUGUUCUUUGUUUCUAUUGCGGAAUACUAUUAAAUAAUGGGUUCUCUCACCUUUCGCUAUUCAGUGUAGAGAUUUUGCAGUUCCAGUCCUGGUGGAAAUGCAUGGCAGUAGUGCAGAGUAUCUUCUUUGACGACCUGAUCUAACGUACAUAUCUAGUAUUACGUAUGUCAUGCCGGGUGCACGACAAGGAACACGAAGACACGGCAAGGGAUACAUGCCAUGCGUGUGCGACACUUCACAACGUUGCAUAACUCACCCCUGGGUGCAGUCGAGGUUUGUGGAAAACAUGAAGACUACAAAAGUGUAUCCUCUGCAAAUGUUGCGGGUUGAGGAGAAACGAAGUAAGACAGGCGCACUGCCACUGGUAAGCACCACAGACCACCAGCCAGGCCUAGUAAGUCUUACGGUUUCAUCCCAACUGACGACAUGUUUGCGAGGCACAAAGUGAGUUACGUCGACGUGUACGCGAGUGGGAAUGGGGGUGCUCAAUAUUGGGCUAUGGUUAUUCCUACAAUAUGUAUCGUACAUUUGUCUUGUCAGUGCCAGGGGAAAGAAAAGGAAACCGGAGCUUUUGUUAUCAUGCACUCACUCUGGCUCUGCUCAUGGUCAGGCGCAUUUCUUCGUUGUGUCUCAUCCACGACAGUUUCUAUGAUUGUGACUGUGAACCAGCGGAAGCACGCGCGCAGGCGAGAGCAGCUGCAGUGUUUAAAUGCAGGCGAGCACUACACCUACGUCACAGAAGUCGUCCCUUUGUACAAUCGUAAGAGACGCGGGUCUGGGUCUCCUUACAUCUUGGUCAUUUCGCAUUCGCUCACUAGGGAACUUCAGAUUUUGAACCCUGGCUGUAACCCUUUUAAGUGUGGAUUCUUCUGCUUUCCCCGAGCAGCAUCACUUUUGUUCACACCAGCAUUGAUGUAGCCCCUGAAGCUGACGUGUUUCUCCCUACAUUUCAUAAAUGGGUGGCACGCCUGGUCUCGAUGAAGAUGGGAACGGCGCUUGCGACGGACGGAACGUUAACCUAGACGCGACCACCACAAUAUCAAAAGCAGGCCGAUGGUCUUGAGAUCACUCGUCAACAUCAGAGUCUGAUUAGCUCUGUCUUUUGGAAGUUUGAGUUUCAGACUAGUGCGGAUCAGCCAUUUGCUGCACGGGGCAAAAUCAAAAAUGGUAGUAGGAGGCUGGCUAGCCAAAUAAACCGCAUCUCAUCCUACUCAGUGUGACCGACAGGUGCUGGUCACUGCAGUUCAUUGAAAAAAAAUCAGUUUUGCAUGUGACUCCCCCGGCUCACCUCUACACUCAAGAUUUUCGUUCUCCCAGGAUACGUUGCAUCGGAGUGGUGCGGCGAAGCAGGCGGCAAGACUAUCUGCGUGAACGAGCCCACGAAAUGCGGAGCUGAAAUUGGCGUUGGAACGGGUAAUACGCCGCCGUGCGACAAAGAUACCGGUAUCUGCGACGAGACCAACAUGAUUAGUUGCGGUAACAUUACCCUUGCGGACCUGAAAGCGGCUCCUACCAUGGGUCAAAUGGGUAGAGUGUCAUAUGGAUCCAACGUGAAUCAAGCCGAGGUCGAGGUGGGAUUGGAAAGCUCGCUCCGAAUCCGCGUCCCCCGAGUUCACUGUCCCUCUGACGCGAUCGGAAAAUACGUCUGGAUGCGGCUGAAGAGCCCUGAGAAUGAACCGCGUACGUUCCGGAUUACCGAAAUCGCUGCUUUCGGAAAGGUUUGCGAAGAGCAUUGUGACUAA